AUGGCGUCUAUGGGAACACCUGCUGUUGUCAUGGACAACGGUACCGGUUUGACGAAGUUGGGUUUUGCUGGUAACGACUCCCCCUCGUUUGUCUUUCCAACUGCUAUUUCCACUGCCACGUCUGCUGCCAAAACUGGUAAAAGUGCUGGUUCUGCUAGCUCUUUGAGCGGCAAGAGAGGUUUGGAAGAUUUGGACUUCUUCAUUGGCGACGAGGCCUUGAGUGCUGCCACUGGACCAAAGUAUAGCUUGUCAUAUCCAAUCAGACAUGGACAGAUCGAGAACUGGGACCACAUGGAGAGAUUCUGGGAGAACUCUAUCUUUAAGUACCUUCGGUGUGAGCCUGAGGACCACUACUUCUUGUUGACUGAGCCUCCUUUGAAUCCUCCAGAGAACAGAGAGAGCACUGCUGAGAUUAUGUUCGAGUCCUUCAACUGUGCUGGUUUGUAUAUCGCUGUCCAGGCUGUGUUGGCUUUGGCUGCUUCUUGGACAUCUUCUAAGGUCCAGGACCGUUCCUUGACUGGUACGGUUAUUGAUUCUGGUGAUGGUGUUACACACGUUAUCCCAGUCGCUGAGGGUUACGUUAUUGGUGGUGCCAUCAAGAACAUUCCUUUGGCUGGUAGAGAUAUCACUCUCUUCAUCCAGUCCUUAUUGAGAGACAGAGGUGAGUCUGACACGUCGUUGCAGACUGCCGAGAAGAUCAAGCAGCAGUUCUGUUACGUCUGUCCUGACAUUGUCAAGGAGUUCAAGAAGUUUGACCAAUAUCCACAGGAGAAGUUCGCUCAAUACAUUGUCGAGACUGCUCAGCGUAAGACCAACGUUGACGUCGGUUACGAGAGAUUCUUGGCUCCUGAGAUCUUCUUUAACCCAGAAAUUUGCUCCUCCGAUUACUUGACUCCAUUGCCUACUGUCGUGGAUCAAGUCGUACAGGCAUCUCCUAUUGAUGUGCGUAAGAAGCUUUACAAGAACAUCGUCUUGAGUGGUGGUUCUACUAUGUUCAAGGAUUUCGGUAGAAGAUUGCAAAGAGACAUCAAGUCUUUGGUUAACGAGAGAAUUGAAAUGAGUGAGAAGUUGAGCGGCGUCAAGAGUACGGGUGUUGAUGUCCAGGUGAUUUCACACAAGAGACAACGUAACGCCGUGUGGUUCGGAGGUUCUUUGUUAGCCCAGACCGCUGAGUUCAAGAGUUACUGUUACACCAAGCAGGACUACGAUGAGUAUGGACCAGGAAUCGUCAGGAACUUCUCCUUGUUCUCCGUGCCAUAA